UUAGUCAUUUUUUUCAUUAAUGCGGUUUUACAAGUGUCAGUUUUCGAAGUAUGUUUUACAAGUGUCGUUUUGAAUAAACAUGGGGCAAAAAGUUUCGCGUACUGAUUUUGAAUGGGUGUAUACUGAAGAGCCGCACGCUUCGCGACGUAAAAUCAUUUUGGAAAAAUAUCCGCAAAUUAAAAAGCUUUUUGGAUAUGAUCCGAAUUUUAAAUGGGUGGCCGGUACAAUGGUAUUGCUUCAAUUGCUCGCACUGUUUGUUGUAAAAGAUUUAUCUUGGACCUUGCUUUUGAUAGCAGCAUAUUGUUUUGGAGGAAUAUUGAAUCACUCACUUAUGCUAGCGGUCCAUGAAAUAUCGCAUAACUUGGCUUUUGGACAUAGCCGCCCAAUGUAUAAUCGUAUUUUGGGCUUUAUCUGCAACCUGCCAAUUGGACUGCCUAUGUCGAUUUCUUUCCGCAAAUACCACCUUGAACACCAUAGGUAUCAAGGUGACGAAGGAGUGGAUACGGAUAUUCCUACUUUCUUAGAAGCAAAACUCUUUGAUACAACUUUUGGAAAAUUUAUCUGGGUUUGUUUACAACCCUUUUUUUACAUUUUUCGUCCUUUAAUAAUAAAUCCAAAACCACCUACUGGACUAGAAGUUGUCAAUACUAUCAUACAGAUAAUAUUUAAUACAAUUGUCGUUUAUUUCUUUGGAUGGAAAGCUCUAGCUUACUUAGUUAUUGGAUCUAUACUAGCAAUGGGAUUGCAUCCGGUGGCUGGGCACUUUAUUUCGGAGCAUUACAUGUUCGCCAAAGGUUUCGAAACGUACUCCUAUUAUGGGCCACUUAAUUGGAUAACGUUCAACGUUGGCUAUCAUAAUGAACAUCACGACUUUCCUGCUGUUCCAGGUUCGAGGUUGCCUGAAGUGAAACGUAUCGCUCCGGAAUUUUAUGACACAAUGCCACAGCAUACGAGUUGGUCACGGGUGCUUUAUGAUUUUAUUACCGACCCUGCUGUAGGUCCAUACGCUCGUGUCAAACGUCACAAGCGCGGACUUAAGACGUAAGUUAGGCAAUAAAAAUGGAAACUUUCCUUGAGCGCAUCUAGUAUAAGUGAUAUUUUUGAAUAUAAUUUGCGCAUUUUUAUUGAAAAAGCCACCUAAUAUCACCUAAUUCAUAUAUAUAUGUAAAUUUGCAAAUAUAGUUUGAAAAAUGUAUCCCUAAAUUGAGUUAUAAACAGUAUUUUUUUGUUACUUCACUUAAAUAUAUAAUAUUAUGUAUCACUUUUAUUUUCUAUUCCAUAAUAUUCACUUGAAUUAUAAAUCAUGUAAAUAUGAACUAUUUUCAAAUACCAAAUAUAGAUAUAAUGAAGCUAAACUGUGUACUAGUAUGAAUCGUUCAAAUUAUCGUAAGACUUUAAAAACAAAAAAAUAUAUAAUAACGUGAAAAAAACUUUAACUGAACCAUUUGUGUAAUUAUGAAGAAGUAUUUUGUAUUUACAUAUAAUAUGUAAAGUAUUCUAUUUGCUAAAUAAAUAAAAUGCACCAUGCUGAUUUGUAA